AUGCCAGUCGACCUCACGAUCGCUGGCGCCAUGGGCCUGAAGGCGGUGGCCGCGGCCAAGGCCGCGUCCGCGGCGGCCAAGCAGGCCGCGGCCCAGGCGAUCGCCAUGGCGCAGAACACCAACAUGGCGGCGCUGCAGGCGGAGCAGGCGCAGGCGAACCUGGAGAAGUACGUCUACGGCGUCCCGGUCUCCUCGGUGCCCCCGUCGGUGAUGCCGCAGCCGCCCGCGGCCCUGCACCCUUUCCCGGUGAAGGCGAUGUCGGCGCAGGCGCUGGUACCGCUCGCCGCUGCCGCCCCGCGGGCGCCCGCGCCCGCGAGGCGCAGCGGCCGGCGCAGGCAUGUCUCCUUCCUCUGA